CUGGGUCCAGACUUUGUCUUGUGUUCCACUUCUAUCUGUGUAAACAAGGAAUAUGCUUAGCAGAGCUUCCAUUUUAUACUCUUGGAUUAAAGCAUCAUGUAUCUUCCAUGAAGAGAACAAGAGAGAAAACAUCAAAAGGAAAAAAGAGAAUUGAAACAGAAGCUACAAGUUGUUACUUUCCAGCAGCUACUGAGAAGGAAAUUGGUGCUGUAAACUCCAAUCUGGUGAUCUCAGAAACAUGUGGAAGCAUCAGAUUAAAGGAAGAGUUCUUUGACACAUACUGUGAAGACUUAGCCAGGAACCUCAUAGGGAAAGUACUUGUGAGAAAAUUUGAUAAUAGAACCUUGAAAGCUAGAAUUGUUGAAACAGAAUCUUACCUUGGUGGUGUUGACAAGGCUUCACAUUCUUACAAUGGGAAAAUUACUGAGAGAAACAAACCAAUGUUCAUGAAACCUGGAACAACUUAUGUAUAUCUCACAUAUGGAAUGUACCAUUGCUUCAACAUUUCUAGUCAAGGGGAUGGGGCUGCUGUUCUUAUAAGAGCAUUGGAACCAAUUGAAGGAUUGAAUUACAUGUGUCUCCAGCGACAGCAAAGUAGGAAAAGAAAAAACGAUGGAAGUGUAAAAAUGUCAUUGCAAAAAAAUAAUCUGAAACCACAUGAACUAUGUAAUGGUCCAGGGAAGUUGUGUAUUAGCAUGAAUAUUGAUCGUCAUACUUGCAACAUGAAAGAUUUAAGUCUGUGGGAAGGGAUGUGGAUUGAGGAAGAUAAUGAAAGUCGUAAAAUAUCAGAAAGUGAGCUUUUUGUUAAAACACACAGAAUUGGUAUUGAUUCUGUUGGUGCAGAGUGGGCUAAGAAACCACUUCGUUAUUAUCUGAUGGGAAACAAAUCUGUUAGUCGGUUGGAUAAGCAGAAGGAGUUAGAACUUAGAAAUAUGGUUGUAUCAUCUUCAUGAGACACCCACUUUUGUGCAAUAUGUCCCUUGUGUUUUGUUACCAUGUUACUAGAACAGUAACUAAACUUAGUGUAAGAUUUUUGUAUGGUGGUGGACCAGUGGUUGGAAAAACUAGAAUACCUUCAUAUGAAGAGGCAUUAUUGUUCACGCAUACAAAGUUGACACUUGGCACGGUGGCUGAUGGGAGGGACGCAAAUGGGAAAUGCCUUUGCGAUCGCUCACAUCAGGCACCGCGCUGAGUGUCAACUUUGUUCGCAUGUGUAGCACAGUAGACUUUAAUCUGUGAUCCUCUGUUUGGAAUGGUCUUACUAUUAGAAGCAAUAACAGAAUAAAAACCUAUGCCAAACAUAUUCUGGCAUCUUCCAGAUUUAACAUUUCCAUUUUUGAUUAUAUGUAAUGUUUUCUUUAAAAAAAAUGUACUGAUUCUUUUAACUUGUACAUCAAAUGAAAGUGUGUAUUAUUAUUAUUAUUAUUAUUAUUAUUAUUAUUAUUAUUAUUUGUUUGGCCUACUAAGGACGACAUCAAAUAAAAUAUGUCUUCUUUCUUUCAAGUAGUUUUUCAUGCUUUCCACAUGUUUUUCUCUUUUUUCUUCUGUCUCUAUUAUGCCGGUCAUUUUUCUUUGUUCUCUCCUGGAAGCCUUUGAAACUUUUUACUUUGUUCUGUACUUUUGUCUUUUACUUAUUUCUUCCUGCUUUAUUUACAUUUCCCUCAGGUCUGUUUUAACGCCUUUGAUCUCGAUCAUUGAUGUUUUUGGCUUUCUGUCAAAAAAAGUUAAAAAUUCUUUUUGUUGUUUUGCUUUCAUCUAGUCUUUCUAGGUGUCCAUAGAACACAACUCUUUUCUUCCUCACUGUGUUUAAUGUUCAUUCUACUUUUUCAUAAAUUUCUUUAUUACUACUUAAUUUGCAUUUCCCAGUUUCAUAUGUUGGUCCCAAGAUUUUCCUGAUUAUUUUCCCUUCCUUCUAUUUCCCUAAUUGUUUGGCUGUAUUUAAUGAAAGGUGUUCUGAAGCAUAAAAGCAUUCUGAUCUAAUGACAAUGUUGUAACAUCACAGUUGUGCGUUUAUGGAAAUAAAUUCCUUGCUAUACAGACUUUUUGUUACGUUAAUAGCCACCUCCAAUUUCUUUGUGCUUGCUAAGUUAGUUUCUUUGUCCAAAGCAUUUUUUUUGUAUUAUUUCACCUAAAUAUUUAAAUUUUGUAGUCUUUUUUUUAUUUCAUCCAUAAUCAGUUUCCAUGUAUUUUGGUGCCUCCAACACAUUUGUCAUAUACUCUGCUUUUUCAAAAGAUGUGGAUAUCAAAAGAUAUUGAAGCUGUGUCAUGUAGGAGAUUUAUCUGCAUUGUAGCCAGGAAUGCAAGACUGUCUGCAAAGGCCAAACAAGCAGUACUCAGAUUAUCCCCUUUUCUUCCAGUUGUGCUUUUUAAAGUCCUUCUUCUUCUUCUUCUUCUUCUUCUUCUUCUGUUCUUUUCCUCCAUUCCUUGGUUACCUUUGCUAGUACGCAAUUGAACAGCAGUAGGGACAAUCCAUUUCCUUCUCUUACACCAGUUUUCAAAAGCCUUAGAGAUUUCACCCAAAAAUUUAAUUUUGUAUUUGUUAGCGUGUUUUUUUAUGGCUAACACUGAUUAGUUGUCAACUCCAGGGCCAGCUCGGGGGGGCGACAGAUCGAGCCAUCACGCAGGGCAGCAGAUUUUUGAGGAAGGCAAAAUGCUAUAUUUUAAUAUGGCUCCGAAAGGAUGAAUUAAACAAGACAGUGAAAGAAACUUCCUGGCAGAUUAAAACUGUGUGCCGGAUUGGCAGAUUAAAACUAUGUGCCAGACCGAGACUCAAAGUCCUUAGUUUGAGGCUUGGUCCGGCACACACUUUUAAUCUGCCAGGAAGUUUCAAAUCAGCGCACACUCCGCUGCAGAGUGAAAAUAUCAUUCUGAAGACAGUGAAAGUUUUCAUAAAGUGUGAGAAUAAAUUGGAAAUACAAACUAUUCAUAAAAUCUAGUGUCUUACUGUAAAUUAUAUGCAGUAUUGUGAAACAGGUGACAAGUGAAUAAAUGUUGGCAUGUAACAGCAUAACAUUUCCUAUAUAGAAACCUUAAACACCUGUAUCAGUAUUGCCGAGAAAAAACUUUGUAACAAAUAAGUAAGGAAUAAGUAAAAUACGAGCUGCCCACCAUAUGCCAUAGCCUUUUGAACCCAGACAUUGUGAUCAAGCAGUGUUUAUAAGUGAAAAAAUGCAUGCCAUCCUUACCCCCACCGCUCCCCACUCCCCUCCCUCCCCAAUCCCUCUCCUUUGGACCUGCAAGUUAUUACCAUUUACAUUGCUCUUCGUGCCACUCUUCUCUAAAUUCUUUUUUUCUAUUUCAUCUGUAACUGCGUUUGACGUUCCCUCAUUUUCUUUUCUUUCUCAGUUUUGAAAGACAUAAUCAGCAGAUAUUGAUAUUCAGAUCAUUUAAAAAAUAAAUAAAUAACUAAAUGAAAAAAAUCCUGUCAAACUGUAUUUCGGAGCUAAAGCAACUAAUGUGCACUUCAUGAACUGCUUAUUCAGUUUUGUCGUAUUUCAAACUGUUUGCAUUCCAACAACCUUAUUAGUAUUUGACUGUUACUUUUUGUUACAAUAGAUGAAAGUGCUUUCAAAACUGCCUGUUUCAAGCCAUAAAUUGUGCUCGGGGCAUGUCGGACUGAGGACCUUCUCAAUAUUUGACCAUAACUGUUUUUCCUUUGUAUACUUUGGGCACACUAAAUAUGUCCUGGCAAUUUAUACACUGGUUUUCCAACAAAUAAAGCCAUUAUGUGUAAGUCAUUCCACUUUCUACAGCAGAAGCUCUGAUAAUACUGUCAACAAUGCAGUUCUCAGCUAUGCUGAUUGCUAUUGUGCUGGUCACGGUACUGCCACUCCAUCUCCAUGACCAUGUUGCAAACUCUGCCCUCUUGGUUGUUUAUUAAUGGACUACAACUAAUACAAGCACUGAUCAAAAAGUUUCCAUUUGAAGGUGUUAUUGCAGUGUAUAUGCAAUGUAGUGCAACUCCAAUGCAGCUAUAUAAGCACCAAGAUGUAGUCACCGGAUUAGCAUAGCAUUCAUGUCUUUCCGAUGUGUGUGGUAAAUGUGGAAACAUGAACUAUGGCAAAUUUAUUAUCAAAUACAACCAAACAGGAACAACGUGCUGUUAUUCAGUUUUUGGCUGCUGAAUGAUAAACAUUGGUAGACAUCCAUCAGAGGGUGAAGAAUGUAUAUGAGACAGCAUGUUUAUCAAAAACCACCAUUGUGGAGUGUCAUGAUGCAGAAGUUAUACCAUCUCAAAGUGGAGACACUCAAUCACCUGCCCUAUGUCCUAAAGUUCAACGAUUUCUGUCAAAUGAGACUGUGCAGCUGACAGUGACAGGCUUCUGCAUGCAACAGGACACAGUGUUUUGUGAAAUGAGUAUCUUCAACCUGGUGCACCAAUGGUAUGAUUGCCUCUAUGCUCAUGGUGAUAUUGCCUGAUUACCAGACCAAUUUUUGACUAUACAGCCUUCAAAUGGAAACUUUUUUAUCAUCCAUUAUGGUUGUGAGUGAGGUGGGGCAUAGUGGUUGAGCUGUGGUUUAUGUCACUGAUAGAGAUUUGUAUGUGCUGUGCUUGUUAGAAACAUAUUUCAUUUGCCACACACUGUUUAUUUUUAUUAUUAACUUUGUGCAGUGACCAUGUAGGUGAAGAAAGUUUGUAUCCUGUUGUAGCAUUCCUAUUGUGGCUGUCCAGUAAACACAACAGCAAUGAUUUCAUUAAAAGUUAGUAUUUGUUGACUCAACUUACAGAGUCCGGCGAUUAGUGGGUAGUGUGAAAAGGCUGUCUUACUGUGACACACCAUGUUUUCAUUAGUCUAUAUUGCUAAUAGUGUAAGCCCUUACAGUGUCUGAUGGCAGAAAGUGCCUCUCAGGCAAACAGUAUAGGAAAAAAUGAACUGAAAGAAAAAUGUAGAUAAAAUUUUCUUCAAAUAAAGUUUUUUCAAACUAAA